UCUAUGGGUCCCUAUGGAUCCCUAUGGGUCGCUAUGGGGCAGGUUGACAACUCGUCACUGACGGGGGAGUCGGAGCCGCAGUCACGUUCCCCCGAAUUCAGCCACGAAUCCCCCCUGGAAACCAAAAACAUCGCGUUCUUCUCCACCAUGUGCAUCGAGGGUACAGCGACGGGUUUGGUGAUCAACACGGGGGAUCGAACCAUCAUCGGUCGAAUCGCGUCGUUGGCAUCCGGGGUGGAGAACGAAAAGACCCCGAUCGCCAUCGAGAUCGAGCACUUUGUGGACAUCAUCGCCGGGCUGGCCAUAUUCUUUGGGGCCACCUUCUUCGUGGUGGCCAUGGUUAUAGGGUACCCCUUCCUUAGGGCCAUGGUCUUCUUUAUGGCCAUCGUGGUGGCCUACGUCCCCGAGGGGCUGCUGGCCACCGUCACGGUUUGCCUGUCGCUGACAGCCAAGAGGUUGGCGAGGAAGAACUGCGUGGUGAAGAACUUGGAGGCCGUGGAGACUUUGGGGUCCACGUCUGUGAUCUGCUCUGAUAAGACCGGGACCCUGACCCAGAACAGGAUGACGGUGGCACAUCUGUGGUUUGAUAACCAGAUCCACGCGGCAGAUACCACCGAGGAUCAGUCCGGUACUUAUGGGGUGAUAUGGGGGGAUAUGGGGGGAUAUGGGGUGAUAUGGGGCCAUAGGGGUGGUGCAAUGGGUCUGACCGCCCCCGUUGCCCCAUAGCGGGUGGUGCUGGGGGACGCGUCGGAGACGGCGCUGCUGAAAUUCGCCGAGGUGACGCUGGGGGGAGUCGAGGAGCAAAGGGGGAAAUACCCAAAAGUGGCUGAACUGCCAUUCAACUCCAGCAACAAGUUCCAGCUGUCAGUCCAUACAGCCGGUGACCGUCAGCUGCUGGUCCUUAAAGGGGCCCCGGAGCGGGUGGUCGCUCGCUGCAGCACCGUGAUGUUAAAGGGGCAGGAGCUGCCGUUGGACCAACAAUGGACCGAGGCCUUCGAGGGGGCGUACGGAGACUUGGGGGGCAGAGGGGAGAGAGUGCUGGGUUUCUGUGCCCGCUGGCUGCCCCCCGGCACAGUUGCAGUGGGAACAGACCCCGAGCAGCUCCCCGACGUGGCUGUGGGUCUGUGCUUUGCUGGGUUGGUGUCUAUGAUCGACCCCCCCAGGGCCACGGUCCCACAGGCCGUGAUCAGUUGUAGGACAGCCGGGAUCAGGGUGAUCAUGGUGACGGGGGAUCACCCCAUAACGGCGAAGGCGAUCGCGGCGUCGGUCGGGAUCAUCUCGGAGGGCAGCGAGACCCCGGAUGAGGUGGCGGCCAGACUCAGGAUCCCCAUAGAGAGUGUACAGCCAGGCCAGGCCCGGGCUCGGGUGGUGACGGGGGCGGAGCUGGCGGCCAUGACACCGGAAGCGCUGGAAGCGGCGCUGAGGGAACACCCGGAAAUGGUGUUUGCCAGGACGUCGCCACAACAGAAACUGGUCAUCGUGGAGAGCUGCCAGAAACUGGGCGCCAUAGUGGCCGUGACGGGUGAUGGGGUCAAUGACUCCCCGGCCCUAAAGAAGGCCGACAUUGGGGUCGCGAUGGGAAUCGCGGGCUCCGACGCCGCCAAGAACGCGGCCGACAUGAUCCUAUUGGACGACAACUUCGCCUCCAUCGUCACCGGCGUGGAGCAGGGCCGUCUGAUCUUCGACAACCUCAAGAAGUCGAUCGCGUACACACUGACCAAGAACAUCCCGGAGCUCACCCCGUAUCUCAUCUACAUCACGGCCAGCGUCCCCCUGCCCCUGGGCUGCAUCACCAUCCUGUUCAUCGAGCUCUGCACCGACAUCUUCCCAUCAGUGUCCCUGGCCUAUGAACGAGCCGAGAGCGACAUCAUGCACCUGAAGCCGCGUAACCCCCGUAAGGACCGGCUGGUCAACGAGCCCCUGGCGGCAUAUUCCUAUUUCCAGAUCGGUACGGGGUGCCAUGUCAGAUCUUUUGCUGGAUUCAACCGAUUACUUUGUGGCCAUGCCGCCCAGGAGGGCUGGUCUCUGCUGUGUGUGGGGCUUGCGCGGCCCCACUGGGAGGACACCCACCAACAGGUAGCUGCAGGAGCCAGCUACGGCCAGCAGUGGACCUUCGAGCAGCGCCGUUAUCAGCAGUACACUUGCUACACGGUUUUCUUUAUCAGCAUCGAGAUGUGUCAAAUCGCCGACGUCCUGAUAAGGAAAACACGACGCCUCUCCCUGCUGCAGCAGGGCCUGUUUCAGAACCACAUCCUGCUCAUCGCCAUCGUGUUCCAAGUUUCCAUCGGCUGCUUCUUGUGUUACUGCCCCGGGAUGCCCAACAUCUUCAACUUCAUGCCCAUCAGGUCAGCCCCAUAG